AUGCGACCUAGAGUCGAUCGGCUGGCAGUCGAGGACGCAGGACAGACGACGCUGGCGCUCUCUCGUGUCGGAGGACAAGACCUACUUUGGGUCGCUGCGCCAACGCAGGAACUAUCCGCUGUACAACAGAGUAUCAUGAACGAUCUCUCGUUUGGUUUAAAGAUGACAGUAUUAAAAGAUCUACCAACAGACGCGCACAAACGACGCGUUGGUCUCGAAUAUUUGCGAAGCAAAAUGGAGGACGGCCUCGGUCGUUCCGCGCCCGCUUCGUACGCCGAAAACGAAAUCAAACUGAAACUAUUUCGAAUGAUGCACGAAUCGAUCAGCGAUAGUGAGUCUAAAAUAAAACGCGCUGAUAUGAUAAGAAAAACAUAUGAAAAUAAUACAUCUUUCGAAAUAGGUUUCAUUGUAGCUGACACGACUGAUAAAUACACAACUAUGGUUGAUAUUGGAGGUAUGUUGGGAAGAUUAUUCGACGAUUGGAGACCAAUUGAACAUAUUAACGCAUACGAACAUAUCGCUAACAAAGGUAUAGAAAUAAAUCAAUUAAUAGAAUUGGUAAAAACGGUUAUUAAGAAAAAUAGAACCGCUAUUGGGUAUAGACGGUUUUUGAAUCUUAAUUUAUAAGAGUGUUUCCACUAUAGUGUGUCUAAAUAAAUUAGAUUAGUUUGACAAUUCAUUUCAAAUUUAGUAGGGAUGGGUUGUGUA